CAGUUUCAACUAGAAGCAACACAAAAACUCAAUCCUCAACAUGUUCAAAUACGCUGUUGUCAUCCUCGCCGUCAUCGCUUGCGCUGCUGCCAAGCCUGGAGUUCUUCUGAGCCAGCCAUUGGCUUAUGCUGCACCUGCUGCAGUUGUUGCUGCUCCUGCUCCUUAUGUGACAGCAACCAGCAGCCAAGUGAUUGCCCGCAACUACAAUGGAAUUGCUGCUGCUCCAGUGAUUGCUCCAGUUGCUACUCCGUUGGCUGCUCCAGUUGCUGCUCCAGUCAUUGCCAAGUACGCUGCUGCUCCUUUGGCCGCACCCUUGGCUACUCCCUUGGCUUACAGCGCCUCUCUAACUGCUCCUCUUGCCUACAGCGCUCCUUUUAGCUAUGCUGCUUCUGCACCACUUUUGAUUUAAAUUAAUAAACUGUGAUCCGUAAUC